AUGGACAAGCUCGUGCAGCGUUACGCCAAGUCACCAGCGACAUCCGCCUACUCGUCGCGCCGCUACGCCCAGGAGGACAUUGCGAGCGAGGAGUACGGCUAUGCUCUCCCUCUCGGACGGGGCAUCGAGCGCUGCCCGGUGCCCAACUUCGAGAUGCCUGCGACUAUCGACCCCACCUCCUUCCUCCAGCUCCACACUGACGACGCCUCGGACCCGUCAUGCCGGAUCAAGAUCAAUCACGGCACGACAACGCUCGCGUUCAAGUUCCAGGGAGGGAUUGUUGUGGCGGUCGACUCGCGGGCAACGGCGGGAAGCUACAUCGCGUCCGGGACGGUCAAGAAGGUGAUCGAGAUCAACCCUUACCUGCUCGGAACGAUGGCCGGUGGUGCUGCCGACUGCCAAUACUGGGAGACGUACCUCGGCAUUCAAUGCCGCCUUCACGAGCUGCGGAAUCACGAGCGAAUCUCGGUUGCGGCGGCGAGCAAGUACCUCGCGAACCUGGUCUACUCGUACAAGGGGAUGGGCUUGUCCAUGGGAACGAUGAUCUGCGGAUGGGACAAGACGGGUCCCGCACUGUUCUAUGUUGACUCCGAUGGCUCGCGGUUGAAGGGCGACCUUUUCUCCGUCGGUUCCGGCUCGACCUUUGCCUACGGCGUGCUCGACCAGGGCUACCACUACAACCUUUCCGACCAGGACGCGAUCGACCUCGGCCGCCGAAGUAUCUACGCCGCCGGUCACCGCGACGCUUUCUCCGGCAACACGAUCAACCUGUACAUCGUCAAGGAGGACGGCUGGAAGUUCAUCGAGAACGUCGACGUCAACGAGUGCCACUACGACCGCGGCAUGGCGGCGAAGCACCUCCAGACUCAGGCGGGACCGGUUGCGACGGCUGCAUGA